AUGGAAACCAGAGCCAGAGCAGGAGCAGGAGCAAAGUUCUCCAGAGUCUUAGCUCUGGUAGCGAUUCUGUUAUUCGGUUUCAUUGUCAAACACUCCUCCAUCUCCGCACGUCAUAUACACGUCUCCAUUUCAGUUUCGGUAGCGAUUUCGUUACAAAAUUACAAUUCUAAGCCCAAAAAAUUACAAAAAUUGUACAUUACCAGAAUGAAGGUGUUAGUUUUGGUAGCGAUUUUGUUAUUCAGUUUCGUGGGUGAGUUAACGGCGUUAUCGGUGACGGUAAAUGACGUGGAAUGCGUUCAAGAAUACGUGUUGUAUGAAGGCGAUACUAUAUCCGGCAACUUUGUUGUUGUAGAUCAUGAUAUUUUUUGGAGUUCCGAUCAUCCUGGCAUCGAUUUCACUGUGACAUCGCCUUCAGGAAAUGUCGUCCACACAAUGAAGGGCACAUCAGGGGAUAAAUUUGAGUUCAAGGCUCCUAGGAGUGGGAUGUUCAACUUCUGUUUUCAUAAUCCACAUUCAACUCCAGAAACAGUCUCGUUCUACAUACAUAUUGGGCACAUUCCCAAUGAGCAUGACCUCGCUAAAGACGAACAUUUGGACCCCGUUAAUGUCAAAAUUGCCGAACUAAGAGAGGCAUUGGAGUCGGUUACAUCAGAGCAGAAAUACUUGAGAGCACGUGAUGCUCGUCAUCGUCAUACUAACGAGAGCACACGUAAGCGUGUAGUAUUUUACACUGUCGGAGAGUAUGCUCUACUUAUAUUAGCAAGUGGACUACAAGCCCUGUACAUUCGAAGCCUAUUCAGUAAGUCCAUCGGUUAUAAUCGUAUCUGAUGACAAAAUUUAUGAAGCUCCAUGGUCCUUUUCGGCUACGUCCUACAGGAGUUAAAAGUGUUUUUUAAGCAGUUGGAGUUGAGAGAAAAGUAUGUGGCAAACUGAUUCUGAAUUAUUUCAUAAGAUCAGCUCCAUUCAUAUCCAAGUAAUGAGAUGUACAUCUAACGGUACUUUGUAUUAACGUUGAUUUAAGUUUUAUUUGAGUAAUUAGACAUUUUUUAUUUUACCCUUAAAGAAAA